CAACCUAGGUAACACUGACACUUUCUGAUGCAGCAGGAGGCAGGCAGAGUGACAGUGAGUGAUUGAGGAACAGAGAGAACUACUUUUCAGUGAAUGAGUCUCUGCCAUCAUCAUGGAUAGAGCUGGACUGAUUCUUCUGGCUACAUUGGCUGUGACCCUUCUGGGUCCUUGUGCUCAUAUAACAGAUGCCUCUUACAUUCACAAAGCACCCAACAACUUGCCUGUGAAGGAGUCAGAAAAGACCGAGAGCUACAUGACAUCCCUCUGUUCUCCUGCCGCGGCUCUCCCUGCAUCCUCUGUUCAUGCUCUGAGGCCUGCUGACAUUGCUGUUGUGUCUACUAUGGGAAUUCCACACUCACACGGGAGUCUGUUGGAGCAGGCUGAAGAUCUAGCUCUCUCCUUCUCAAAUCGCCAGGCCAGAGAGACAGACAGAGACUGGGGACUGGUGCUGCUGUUCGUCCCUGUAGACUCUGUGUGUGCCUGCUCCCAACAGGCGAGGACACAGGUGGAGUCCGCAGUUAAGGAGGUGGAAGUUGCCCUGGAGGUGUUGCUCAAAAAGCUGCAUCACAGCCUGGUUCAUGUUGUGGUCUGGAGCGGACUCUCUGAUGUGCCCUCUCACCAGGACAGGUCAUGCUUGUGUAUGGAGGAGAAAGCCAAACAACGGUUACAGAGAGCUGUUUCUACAAGAGCACUGCAGGAGUCUCUGGACAGCGUCCUGCGGAGGCAGAGGCGGCUCAGUGAGAGGGAGGACUUUGCAGUCCUGCUCCACGCCAGCCCGGUGGUCACUGACCCAGAGAGUUUUUCAUCUGACACAAUCCAGUUGAUUCUUCAGCUGUGGACCAACUUGCUUCAGCCAAUGACGGGUCAGACUGAAGUGAAGGACAAUGACAUCAACAGUAUAUCCUGCCCCACUGACGAGCAGCCCUUCCUGAGGACUCAGCUCAACUCCCCCUCCCCACACCAGGAGCGUUCCUCAACCAACAGCAGGGAGGCCAGUCCUCUCAUUGACCCCAUCAUGGGCUCUGAGCUACCCUGCACUGAUCGCAGUCCAUCCCCUACGGUACCCACCUCAGUCCAUGAGCUUCAGCCUGGGGAUAUCAAAGUGGUGGCAGCACUCGGAGACUCCUUAACGGCAGCCAAUGGGGUUGGCGCGAAAGACCCAAACAACCUCCUGCUGGUGAUGAAUGAGUACAGAGGACUGUCAUGGAGCAUUGGGGGAGAUCAUAACCUGACUACAGUCACCACCCUGCCCAAUAUCUUGAAGGAGUUUAACCCCUUGCUGACUGGAUUCUCCACGGGGAUAGGGAAUGAGGACUCCCCCAAAGCCUUCCUCAACCAGGCUGUACCUGGAGCCACCAGCAGUGACAUGACCACUCAGGCUCGUGUCCUAAUAGACAAGAUGAAGAAUGACUCGCGUGUUGAUUUCCAGAACGACUGGAAACUGAUCACCAUGUUCAUUGGAGGCAACGACCUGUGUGACUUCUGCACCGACUCUGUUUACUUCUCAGCCAAUAACGUGGUCGGUCGCAUCCGUGAAGCUCUGGAUAUCUUACACAGAGAGGUGCCCCGUGCCUUAGUGAAUCUAGCUGAGCUGCUUCACAUCGUGCCCCUGCGUCAGCUGCACCAGGACAAGAGCAUCAACUGUCCCACCUGGUUUGUCAAUAUUGUGUGCCCUUGUGUGGUGAAGCCGAACGAGGGCUCACGUGAACUCCAGUCACUCCAAGACAUGAACAGAGCUUACCAGAGUAAGAUGAGGGAGCUGGUGGACACGGGGCGAUACGACACCCAUGACAACUUUACUGUGGUGCUGCAGCCCUUCCUCAGAGAGGUCUACCUCCCCCUGCUGGAGGAUGGUCGUCCUGACCGCUCAUUUUUCUCCCCUGACUGUUUCCACCUCAGUGAGAAAGCCCACAGACUCAUGGCCAGUGGUAUCUGGAACAACAUGGUAGAACCUGUGGGAAACAAGACCUUCUCCCAAGACUUUUCUGCUGGUGUGCCUUUGCAGUGUCCUUCUAAGACCAUACCCUUCCUGAGGACAGCCCACAACAGCAACUACACCUAUCAGGGCCCUCCUCCCUCUCCUCCACCAAUCACGAAUUGGGGAAGUGAUUUCUCCUGUGUGAACACGGCUCCGUCUGAGACUGUACCCACUUCAGUUCACAGGUUGAAGCCUGGAGAUAUCAAAGUAGUGGCUGCAGUGGGUGACUCUCUAACUGCUGCCUUUGGGGCCAAGGCAAAGAACCUGUUGCAGCUGAGAACUGAGAACAGAGGAGUUGCAUGGAGCAUUGGAGGAGAUGAAACCCUCCAGACUGUCACAACACUACCAAAUAUUCUGAAGAAGUUUAACCCCAAUAUCCAGGGUAUGUCAAAAGGGGACGGCAAAGGGCAGACAGGCUUCAAUUUGGCGGUCUCUGGUGCCAAAAUAUCGGGAAUUCCGGGACAGAUUAAAAAUCUCAUAGAUGCCAUGAAGAAGAACUCUGCGGUGGAUUUUCAGAAUGACUGGAAGCUGGUCACACUGUUCAUCGGGGGUAACGACCUGUGUCAGUACUGUAAUGACAGGGCCACAUUGUCACCUAAGAAUUAUAGUAGUCAUAUGAUGGCAAGCUUGGAUCUGCUCUACAAUGAGGUUCCGAGGGUGAUGGUAAAUGUGUUGGGAAUCCUGGAGAUUAUAGGUCUCCGUAGAGUGAAGAGAGACAGUCUGGGAUGCAACCUUUUACAGAAGAAUGUCUGUCCAUGCUUCAUACAACCAGGAGAGGACUCCAUGGAACUGUCAGAAAUCAAGAGAAUCAAUCGUGAACUACAGACUGAGACAGAGAACCUGAUCCAUAGUGGUCGCUAUGACAGCCGAGAGGACUUCACUGUUGUUCUCCAACCCUUCUUCAAGAACUCUGUAGUUCCUGUUAACACGGAAGGGAAACCAGACAACACAUACUUCUCUGUGGACUGCUUCCACUUCAGUGCGCGGGGUCAUGCUGACAUGGCUGUAGCUCUAUGGAAUAACAUGUUGGAACCAGUGGGCCAAAAACAGACAUACAACAACUUCACAAAUGACAGAAACAGCAUUAAGUGCCCCACUGAGGAGCAACCUUACAUUUUCACCAAUAUUAACAGUUUACCUGCAGUGCCCACCACUACCACCACCACUACCACCACUACCAUCCAAACACCCAGCACAUCCACACCUCUCAACCCAACCUGCUCUGACAAUGUGCCUGUAUGGGCAGCUGCAGGGCUGGCUGUCACAGGACUUCUGAUUGGCUGGGGUCUAACCUGGGUCCUCCUCUCCUGUAAGGAAAAGAGAAACAGGAGGAAGGUGAAGAUGGUGGAGGAGAGAGAGAUGAAGGGAACUGGGUUCUAGCAUUGUAUUGAUCAUAAAUAGGGUUCAUGUAACUAGUGUGUCUGGCCUCUCCAUCUGUAACAGUGUGGCUGAAAUCAUUGAUGUUCACUUUCCCUGUGCUAAUGUCACAGACAAUAACGAGGCCUGUUUAGAAUACAACAAGCCGUCCUCAACCACAUGCUGCUAUGAAUUAAACUGACCAAUCCUAAGAACACGCAAGCACAGCAUGUGUACAUGUAAAGUAGCCCUCAUAAGAACAUAGGCUCUCAUUUAUGUUCAGUACCAAGUUUUGGACCAACAGUGUAUUUUAUUGUAAAUAUGAUGGUAUUGUUGAAGUAAUGUAAAAUAAAGUAUUUAGUCAAUGCUAAUAUGGGAAAUUUAGUCAUUUAAUGCCGAUUUGCAAACCAUGUGGUAUAAUGUUCUUUAACAGUUGCUGUAUAUUGUUUUGCUUUCAUCUUAAGCUAUUUCAUAAGAAGGAACUUUGGACGGAGGUGUGUUGGACUACUGCAUACAGUCAAAUAAAUGUAUCAGUUGUAUACAUUACCAAUAUGUGUUAUCAUUUAAUAAAUAAUAGAUUU